AUGGCCGGCCCAGCUCGGCCUGCCUCCUCCCUUCCAACGAAGCGGACCGGUUUGCGCCAGCCGACUCGACGUGCAGGUUCCGUCGUGCCAGAACAAAGAGGAGUGUCGCCAGCAGUCACAGCUAAGUCUGCGGCAACGUCAGGUGCUGCUGUCGCGGCGCGUGCUUCAAAAGUUAGUCCAGAGCAAGCUAGCGCGGCAGCAAAGCGAAAGGAGCGGGAAUUCGAACGGGAGAUCAAUGAGAAUACAAGCAUUCAUGUGGUUGUGCGUUGUCGCGGUCGAAAUGAUCGUGAGAUUCAAGAGAACAGUGGGGUUGUGCUAUCCACCGAAGGCGUCAGUGGGAAGCAAGUCGACCUUUCUAUGGGGCCCAAUGCGCUUUCCAACAAGGUAUAUGCUUUUGACAAAGUUUUUUCUCCGGCUGCAGACCAAACUGUAGUUUUCGAAGAAACCGUCAUGCCGAUUGUCAAUGAGGUAAGCGAAAUUUCCGAGCCAGACGGGGAUUACCUGUUAACUGUGUUGCAGAUGCUCGCAGGCUACAACUGCACCAUUUUCGCAUACGGCCAAACAGGCACCGGAAAGACAUACACCAUGUCCGGAGAUAUGACCGACACCUUGGGUAUCCUGUCCGACGAUGCUGGCAUUAUUCCGCGCACCCUCUAUUCCCUUUUUCAGAAGCUUGAGGGCACGGAAAGUACAGUCAAGUGCUCCUUCAUCGAACUUUACAACGAGGAAUUGCGCGAUCUACUCUCUGCUGAUGACCACACAAAGUUAAAAAUUUUUGAAAAUGAGAAGAAGGGCCAUGCAGCCACCAUGGUGCAAGGAAUGGAAGAGACUUACAUCGAUUCGGCCUCCACCGGUAUUAAAUUAUUGCAAAUGGGCAGUCUCAAGCGUCAAGUUGCUUCGACAAAAUGUAAUGAUCUGAGUUCUCGCAGUCACACCGUUUUUACAAUCACUGUUCUUACGAAUCGAACAAGUGAAUCCGGCGAGGAUUAUGUUACUUCUGGGAAGCUGAACUUGGUGGAUUUGGCCGGAAGUGAAAAUAUCGGGCGGAGUGGUGCAGAGAACAAGCGUGCGGCCGAAGCUGGUCUGAUCAACAAAAGCUUGCUCACUUUGGGGCGAGUCAUCAACGCGCUGGUGGACAAGAGCUCGCAUAUUCCUUAUCGGGAGUCGAAGCUCACACGAUUAUUGCAAGAUUCGCUUGGUGGCCUCACGAAAACCUGCAUUAUCGCCACGGUGUCGCCUGCACGAAGCAACUUGGAAGAAACGAUUUCGACCCUGGAUUACGCUUUCCGGGCCAAAAACAUCCGCAAUAAGCCUCAGAUUAACUCACUAAUCUCGAAAAACAAGUUACUCCGGGAGAUCGGGAUGGAAAUCCAAAAGCUGAAGAGCGAGCUCAUUGCUACACGUAACCGCAAUGGUGUGUACAUGACACCGGAUGCCUACGAAGAGAUGAGGAUGGAAAGCGAGUCUCGCAGAAUCGUCAACGGAGAACAACGUGCAAAAAUCGAGUCAAUGGAGUCAAGUUUACGACACAAGGUCCAAGAAUUAUUUGCUCUGACUGGAAAUUUCAACACUCUGAAGGAGGAUAAUGAGAACACCCAAAGAAAACUCAAUACCACAAGAGGCGCUCUAGAAGACACCGAAGUGAACCUGAAGAACACUUCUGAGAAGCUGGAUGAAGAGAUGGCGGUUCGCAAGGCGCAUCAGUACACGGAGAAAAGGCUGCGUGAGAUAGGUGCCGAUCUUCUGUCUAUGCUGGAUGGCACUGUUGAUGAUGUCCGCGGACUUCACGCUAAAAUAGACCGGAAAGACGUCUUGGAAACUGACAACCGCCAAAUAUGGCAAGCAUCUACCGGGGAGCUUUGCGAUGUGACUGGGAAAAUCGAUGCUCGUAUGGAACACUUUCAAGCGCAGCAUGCCAUGCUCCUGCAGAGCAUGUCUACCCGGAUCCGCGAAUUUGUUGGUAGUGAGAUUUGUGCAGUCCAGUCAGCUCGCUCCCAGCUUCAAGAGUACGACUGCACUUUUGACAAGGUCGAAGCUGAAGCCAAGAGCCAAACCAGCGGUGCCCACGAUGAGAUGAACGAAGUUCUUGAAGAAAUCAAGGUCCUUCGAGAGGAUGUCAAGACGAAGGUUGGGGAGGGAUUGAACGGACUAUCAGCUGCAGCUGCGCGAAUUUCUGAAGAGGUCAUUGGCGAAUUCUCCCAGUUUCACUUGCAGUUGCACUCAUCCUACAGUGCCCUCGGAAAGGAUUUCAAGAGCAUGUUCGACACCAUGGCAGCCCACCUAGAACAGCAGAAGACUGACGUCAACCGGCUUCGACUUGAGCUUCAGGAAUCCAAUCGCCAAGCAGUGGAGGCAAAUCGAAAAGCCUCGUCUACUUUGGCCCAGGUGAUGGAAGAGGAGCAGGCUAGUGCCCAGGCUGAGCGUGACAAUCUCAUGUCUCAGAUCCGAAACUUGCUCGAAGAUUCCAGCCAACGGCAAUCGACUCGUCUCAAGACUAAGGUCGAUGGUCUUCGUACAGACAUUUCCGCCUCUGGGGAUUCUCUAGAGCAAGCCACAGUUCAAUACGACCGACAUGUCGACGAGUGGAUCUUCAGAGAAGAACAGUUCGCCAAGGAUGUUAUCACAUCUAGGGACGAUAUCAAGACCAAGAUGCAACAUGACUGGGAGACAUUCGAUCAACGCAACGCAUCCAUCCAGCGCACCACUGAGUCUGUACACCAGGAAACUGUGCGUAUUGUGGAUGCACAGAUGAGUGAUAUGAGCAAGCAAAUGGAAGCACUCGAUGAUUUUGUUGCCAAGGCUCGUUCUCACAAUGGCCGCUUCCAUGAGGCACAGCUUGGCAGUCUGGCAGCAAUUAAUUCGAGCGUGCGAGGCUCCCGUGAAGCUAUCCAAAGUCAUUUGAGUGGAUUUGGUGAACGCGCUGGUCAACUUCAGGGUGAUAUCGACACGCAUACCACGGACAUGAGUCAGUGCACAGCCCCUCUGCAGAAGGAGGUCCGUCAGCCACUCGUCAACCUUAGGGACAACUUUGAAAGACACCCGAUGAAGGAAUACAUUCCAUCUGGUGUCACGCCCAAGAAACGGAAGUACGAGUACCCUACGAAUCUGCCUCGCACCGAGUCCCAUGAUGGGCUUCGUUCCCGGCACCGAACCUCAAAGCAAUUUACUGCGCUUCCAUUUAACGAGGAAGAAGACACUCAGCCAGCCCCUGUCUCUAGCCCUCCCGCCUCGUCUCCUGCAAAGACCUUUGUUUAUAGCGAUCCCGUGGAGGAGGUCGAAACUCGGCGCUCAUCAGUGGCCGUGACAUACAACAAUUCUGGCUUGAGAGAGGUCGAUCUCAACGUCGCCAAAUCCCUCUCUGAUCUUGCCGACGAUAUCCCUAUUCCCAACAAACCCGAUACCCCAGUACACACCCCAGUCGCGGAUCUCGACAAUACCCCUGCUAAGGACGAGUCUGAUCCGCCGACCCUCAAGCGCCGCCGUUCCGACUCGAUCAGUACCAACAACACUGUCGAGAGCAAGCUUCCCCAGAAGAUGCUCUCCAAGAAGAUGGCCGGCAUGAUGGAGGGUCGUGAAAACUUACCCCCAUCUGCUGGCCCCGGAGGCCGACGAUUAUACCGAAGCCGCGCUCCAAACUAA